CUGAUGAAUCUAAGUUGCAGCUACCCCAGGAAUAGAGUCAGCUUUCAGAACCUUCGGUAACCAGCACACAGUCAGCUGAGAGCCUUCCCCAGACUCCUCAGAUGCCUCCACCAGCCCCAUCCAGCAGUUCAUCAACCAAGCAAAGGAAUGACGUAACCACCAAAACUAAUAACUCAAAAAUGAACAUGCUAUCCCAGAACAGAUUGGGCUUCCAGAAACCUCAGAAACAAGUUCAUGCCCAACUGAGAGCUGUCCCCAAACUCCUCAGAUGCCUCUACAGGCCCCAUCCAGCAGUUCCUCACCAAAGAAAAGGAAAGACAUCACCAAUAAAACUGAGGAAUCCAAGAGGAUGAAACUAUUCCAAGAGCAGAAUCAGCUUCCAGAAUCCUCAAUAACCAGCCCAUGCCCAACUGAGGGCUGUCUCCAAACUCCUCAGAUGCCACCACCAACCCCAUCCAGCAGUUCCUUAACCAAGCAGAAACCAAGACUGAAGGCUGUACCUAAAGAAGCUUCCAAAGAAGAGGAUUUCCAGAGGGGCCCCAAAGAAGUGAUGGUACUGAAAGCCACAGAACCAUUUGCAUAUGCCGUCAGCGAAGGGGAGAGAAAGAUGUUUCACGCCACAGUGGCUACUGAGAGCGAAUUCUUCCAAGUGAAGGUGUUUGAUGUCAGCUUGAAGGAGAAAUUCAUCCCAAAGAAAGUCAUUGCCAUAUCAGAUUAUAUUGGCCGCAAUGGGUUCCUGGAGGUCUACAAUACCUCAUCUGUGUCUGAUGUUAAUGCUGACCGAAAGAUGGAGGUUUCAAAGAGACUUAUUAUAAAUGCUACUGCAACUCCUAAAAUCAUUCAUCUGUACUCGCAAGCUCCAGGAACCUUUGUGAAUGGAGUGUUUCAGGUGCAUAAGAAAAUAGUGUGGAAUGAUUUCAUAUAUUAUGAAAUACAAGAUAAUACGGGGGAGAUGGAAGUCGUGGUGUAUGGACGACUGACCAAAAUCAACUGCAAGGAAGGAGAUAAACUUCAACUCAUCUGCUUUGAAUUGGCGUUAGGUGAGAGUAAGAGGCAGCUGAGAUCCGUGAUUCACAGUUUCAUCAAGGUCAUCAAGGCCAGGAAAAUCAAGGAAACAACCACUCAAUCCUGAUUCAUAUAUGAAAACCUCA